AUGUCACCUGUUGAUCCUGCAGCACUGAGCAAUGACUCCACUUGCUCCCCUUCACUUGACAAGUUUCCAUUUUUACCUUUUCUGAAAUUCACAGCUAACGUGGUCGCAAUUGCAACACUGUCACGGGGGCAGUGCGGACUCUCCAAAGGUGUCACUUGGUAUCUUGUGGCAAUGGCCGGAGCGGAUCAACUGGUCGUUGUAUUUCAAGUGGUGCUCCAAAGGGUAUUCUACUUUCAUUACUCUCCUGAGUGCAACAUCAUAAACACCAUGGGUUAUGUGUCUGUGGCUUGCUCUGUCUGGCUCACUGUUGCUUUCACCUUGGACCGUACGGUGGCCAUUUGCCUCCAGAAGCUGAAGACCAGAUACUGCACUGAGAAAGGUGCAGCCAUCGUUAUUGCUCUGGUGAGUGUGCUGAGUGUGUCAACCAACAUCCCGUGGUACUUCAGCUACCAUCCAAAUUAUUGCUUGGAAUCGUAUGAAUUCAUCAAUUCCCCCGUGUGGGCCGCCUUUGACUGGGGACACCGCAUUUUAACGCCAGUUGUCCCCUUCGUGCUGAUCCUGCUGCUCAAUGCCGUCACCGUCAGCCACAUCCUGAUGGCCAGUGUAGUCCGCAGGAAACUGAGGGGGCAGCGGAACAGAGAGGGGAAGGAUGACCCAGAGAUGAAGAAUCGAAGAAGAUCCAUCGUUUUGCUCUUCACCAUAUCGGUCAGUUUUAUUCUGUUAUGGAUGACACAGGUGGUCAUUCUCGCAGUUCAGCGAAUUGGUGGACAGUAUUCAAUGAUGAGAUCUUCUCAUUAUGCGAUAGUCCUCAUGGGAGAAAUGCUUCAGUUGUUCAGCUCCUGCACCAACAUGUUUAUUUAUGCAGUCACUCAGAAGAAGUUCCGGGAGGAGGUGGUAAACACUGUGAAGUAUCGUUUUAUGGCUAUCCUGAAUUUUCUUAAAAGUUAG